CCAACAGCUCUGUUGUUUCAUAUUUAGUGUCGUAAUUUGGGUUGGAAGACGCUGUUUUUCAGGUUUUUUAACUCGAAGAGGUUUAUUUCAUGAUGGAUCCUUUGGGAGCUGCUUCAAGGAUUGUAAAUAUCACAUUCUUGCCUAAAUGGUCUUCAACACCAAUACCAGAGUAUCCAUAUUCCGCUCCAGAAAACUGCUCUCUUCCCUCUCCAUUUCCUGUCAGACUAGACAUCAACGAAAAAGUGAUUUUGUGGAAUGGUGACAUCACAAGGUUACAAGCUACAGCUAUUGUUAACACCACCAAUGAAAGUCUAAGUGACAGGGGAAGCCUUAGUGAGAGAAUUCAUCRGGCUGCUGGACCUGAAUUGCUUGUAGAGUGCAAAAAACAACUGGUUGGAUGUAGAACUGGCGAGGCAAAGAUGUCAGAUGGUUAUAAUCUCCCCUCAAGGUAUAUCAUUCACACAGUUGGUCCUCGUUAUAACACUAAAUACAAAACUGCUGCAGAAAGUGCCUUGUUUUCCUGUUAUCGAAAUGUCAUGAGAAUUGUGAGAGAAAACAAGAUUGAUACAGUAGGAUUGUGUGUUGUCAAUACACCAAAAAGAGGAUACCCACCAGAGGAUGGAGCCCACAUCGCUCUGAGAACUGUCCGCAGGUUUUUAGAGAAAUAUACAGAAACAGUGGAUUGCAUAGCUUUUGUUGCAGAAGGAGCAGAUGAGGCUAUCUAUAGAAAAAUUAUGCCAAUAUAUUUUCCAAGAAGUCAGACUGAAGAAGAUUUUGUGCUCAGUAUAUUGCCUAAGGAUAUUGGGAAUGAAGAAGGAGAGCCAAUAAUCCCUGAGAGACAAAUUAGGAUAAGCAAUAAUCCUAUCUGUGCAGACCAAGAAGGUGAUAUUGAAAAAGGACAGGAUGUCUUAGACAUAACAGAGAUGAAUAUUGGACAGCAUGCWUUUGCUACUAUGCAAGGCGAUCAUGACCAAAUGUCAAGACAAAGGGCUCAGAAAACUACUGAUGAGAUGCAUGCUGUGGAAAGACAAAGAAUAUAUCAAAGAUGGUUACGGAGGGCUCAUACAGAGGACUUCACAUCCCUCAAACAACAAAAAGUUAUCUACCCAUCAGGAGUUGAUUUUCUUGGACGUCAUGUGGUUGUAUUUGUUGCUAGACAUUUUAUUGUCCGUGAAGCCGAAUUAAACAAGUCUGUGGCAUACUUUAUCAGUAUCCUAGACAGAAUAGUAAACAGAGAUUAUGUUGUGGUAUAUUUUCACACUCAUAGCGCAGAAGAAAACCAGCCACCAUUAUCAUUCCUGAAGGAACUGUAUCAUAUUGUUGACCAAAAAUAUCGGAGAAAUCUAAAGGCUUUCUAUAUUGUACAUCCAACAUUAUGGGCCAGAAUUGUGACAUGGUUCUUCACUACAUUCACUGCCUCAAGUAUUAAAGACAAAGUCCACUUCAUCUCUGGGAUUCAGUACCUUUAUGACUGGAUUAAUCCAGAUCAACUGGAUAUUCCUGCCUUUGUCCUUGAACAUGAUAUGAAGGAAAAUGGAACAAACUACYAUACACCAUCGUCAAGUUAUAGGACAGGAAGUCUGUAGGAGGGAUGGGAAUGAUCCAAAAGAAAUCCUGGAGUUACRAGAAAGGGAAAAAGUCUUCAGCAAAUUGAUUGUCACAAUCAAAGGUUUUUUAAAACCUUAUUCUCCUUGUUUGUUCAACAACCAUGCUGCAUUGCAGUUAGCGACUAACACUGGACAAAUUGAUUGGAAAUGAUAAGCUCAUGAAACAAGAGUGCGCAUGUGCUAUUAUCCACACUUGAUUUCUCGGUUAUAUUUGCGAUAAGCUUCAUUGCAAAACGUUGUUAUAGAGAAUAAGUAAUGUUUACAACAUGAGCGGCCGUGUUGUAAAGCCCGUACAACACGGACGCGAAUGUUGUAAAUUACUUGUGAAACGUU